AUGAGGCAAAUUCUUGUACGCCGUAUCGGGGGUCCGGAAGUUCUCGAACUAUCCAACAUUGCCCAGAUACCUUCGCCAGCAAACAACCAGGUAUUGAUAAAGAAUAGCUAUGCUGGAGUCAACUUUAUCGACACUUAUUUUAGGAAGGGCUCUCUCCCUUGCCAACUUCCAACAUGCCUUGGAAUGGAAGCAGCCGGGACAGUUGUGGCCAUAAAUGGAGAGAACAAAACGAAUCUUUCUGUUGGUGACUUGGUCGUCUGGAAAGGUCAAGGAGCCUACGCCGAGUACAGUACAGCAGAUAUUGAUAAUGUAGUACGAAUACCGCAAGGUAUAUCUGAUCGUGAUGCCGUUGGCGCAUUCCUACCAGGCAUGACAGCUCUGUCGCUCAUCACCGAAGCAUAUCCAGUAAAGAAUGGGGAGGCGGUAUUGGUCCAUGCCGCGGCAGGCAACGUUGGUCAGCUUUUGUGCCAGAUGCUGCGAAACAUCGGUGCUUUUGUUGUCGGCACUGCUGGGUCUCCUCAGAAGUGCGCAAUGGCGAAAGAGUACGGAGCGCACGAGUGCAUCGACUACAGCGAGAACAAACAAUGGUUACAAGAAGCACUGGCUCUUACGAGUGGAGAGUGUUUUGACGUUGGUGAGGACUUCGAAAUGUGCCACGACUUACUUCUAUACUUACACGAUGCAGUUUUUGAUUCGGUCGGAGCGACAACUUGGGAUUGUUCGCUGGCUAUCACUAAGCGAAAAGGAAAAGUUGUUUCCUUUGGACAUUCCUCCGGCCGAAUACCACCAUUUGAUAUAACACGUCUUCUAGAGAAGAACUUGUCCAUCGCUCGCGUCGCACUCACACAAUACAUAACUACGCGCGAUGAGCUCCUGCAUUUCGCAAACAUGCUGUUCGAGAGUAUGCUGCAAGGAAAAUUGAAGGUCAAUUACCACGCGAAGGAAUACGCAUUGCAGGAUAUAUCGCGCGCACAUGAGGACCUCGAAACUCGUCAAACAAGUGGACGAGUAUUAGUUAAGAUGUAA